AUGACAGACUCUCAGAUGCUUGCUCAGGCAGGCAGCAAUGAGUCGCAGGACAGCCAGGCCAUUCUCGAGGCCUACAGGGCCGAGUUUGGUGUCGGCACGCUCAGCAGUUCGCCUCCAAAGGUUGUGUCGUCUUCGAGAAUCCCUAUGAAAACCUCGAGACAGAUACCUUCACCAGCGAGUGAAGUUAUUGUGCCAUCAUCCGAUCCAACAGUUGUCGAAAACGUGGUUCCAAGGCGCUCGGCUCCCCACGACGCGUUAUCGGACAGAGCGCGUUCAGAGGGCCCCACUACCAAGAAUGACGAUCCGUCGCACUGGGACACGACUGGGGUGGCACUGACACAGUCGAAAAAGCAAUGUGCAACUCUCGAGGCCGAUGAGCUGAAUAGCGUUGCCCAGGGUCCUGAGAAUCACGUUAAAUCGAUUAGCAGCGUGAAUCCGAAAACUCGAGUACUUGACACAUUCAUCAGACCAAGAUACUCUGGCAACUUCCCUGCGCGUCAUGACAGCGCGAAGCCGCAAACAGUGCAAAACGAUGCACCCGAGCCUCUGAUUGGGACUAUCAAGCCCCCGACUAUCGCUGCAACCACAGCUCUGCGAAAGAUGGACUUCUCUCAGCAAACCCCGACACAGGUCAAUGACGAUCGUGAUUACAGUGAAUUCUGCGAUAUUGUACCUUCUAGUCCUGUGAACGGCGACACCCAGUCCGGAUCUCUUGAGCCCCGGACUCUUCAAGAUGACGAUACAGGAGCCGUCAACUUUGCGAACUUAAGCGAGUUGGGUCGACCUUCAUCCCAAAUCUCAGAAGAUGCAGGUUUCGAGAACACUAAAGGUGACUGGAGGCAUCCCGAUGGAACAUCACAGCUAAACAACGGCCAAACCCCUCAUCGACCACAUGCCCCCGCCUUUGAGACGCCUGCGGUCCCCAAGAAUCCCUUCGCAACGAAACCAAAUAUAGCUGCACCUCUGGCUGGAAGCCAAUUGUUUGGCCAGACGCAGUUCUCCUCUGCCAUCAAGCGUGUUAGCCCCACAUCCUCACGACCAUCUCCGAAUCUCUUCAACUCCAUCUCACCAAACAUAAUUGAGACGUCGCCAUUAAAGAAUCGAGCCAAUGUUUCUUCGCCAACCGAUAUACGUACGUCGAGUCCUCAACGACUGCACGAAAUACCCGAAACAUCACUACGAGAUGACCACGGAGAUCCAAUACGAGCACAAACGCCCCUUGGUGGUAGAUCUACAGGCGGUGACAUGAUCCCGGAGUCGCCCUCGUCCUCUGACGCUACACCUCGACCACAAGCACCAAGAUCUUCAAGUAAUACCGAGCCAAUGACACAUUACGAACCAAUGAAGAAGUCUCAGGAGAGGAAGACGAUUGAACCCGUGUUCAUAUCUCCAGUGGACUCUGACGACGAUUCCGACGAUGCUAUUCGACAGAUGGAAAGACGAAAGAAGAUUGAGCGGAAACGGGCCAAGGCUGCAGAAGAGAUGGGCCGGGUAAGCUUUACACCAAAGAUUAGACAUGACUCGGCAGAGAGGCUUUUAAGGAAGAAGAAAAGACCUGAAGAUGUUGAACACCCUCAUGGACUGCCCAAGAUUGACGCCAGUCUCAGCAAGGGGCAGGAACUCCCAGCUCUUGUGGAUGACUCUCAGAAGGGGGUAGCGGGCUCCAACGAGACGCUUCCUGUUGCAUCAACUAAAGCCACUCCGGGAAACAGCGCCCCCGAGAGCCGGGUAACUGACCAUGAUGGAGAUAUAAUCUUGGUGGAUGCUGGGAAGGUUGCGGUAGAUGAGGACAGGAUACCUGCAACUAGUCCGGCACCCAGUCCAGCGCCUUCUCUCCCACCCACAGCACCAGUUGAUUUUCCAACGCCGUCUGAGCCUGAGUUACCUAGACUCCGAGUCGACGACGAAGACCUGCGAGAAGGUUUCGAUGAGCACUCAGAGCCUUCUUCCUUGCCUCCACCACGGAAACGCACCAAUAGGACUUAUGGACGUGCAGUUAGGCAAAAGCGUAGGAAUCCUUUUCUGAGCUCUUCGAAUUCCGACGGUCUAUUGGGCGAACUGGAACCGAGGCCAACGUCUAUGUCGUCACCCCUACACAAGGCAGUGGCAGUUUCGAUGAUUGAGGAAGAGUCGGAACAAGAAUUGCCGGUACCCCAAGGAAUGACCGAUAAGAGCGAGAUGAAACCGGCGUCACGACCCAGGAAAACGACUCGGGACGUAUAUGCCGAUCUCCCACCACCAAUGACCACUCGUUCACGUCGAAAUGAUCCAGCUGUAACAACCCCAGUAACUCCAAUUGCCAAUCGCUUGGCUGCUCAAAACUUACCAACAUCUUCAAGUUUGAGCGUUCUUACAACGACCCCAGUGCCUUCUGACAAGACAACACCUGGAACGCAAGACUCGCCCACCUCCGAACGGCCAGAGUCAGUGACUCUUCCAUCGCCAGGAGGCAGCCGGAGUUCGCGCAAGAGGAAGGCUCGAUCAGGGACAAAGUCAGAGUCCCCUCAACAAGGGACGAGAUCGACAAGAAUAUCCAAACGCUUCCCACGUCUUGACUCGGAAUCCACCGACGAGUUACAUUUUUCGCCAGCCGCGAGUGUGCUUGAAAGGAGCAUGGUGCAUUCAAAGUCUGGCAGAUCAUUCAAGCAGAGUUUUGCUCCUAUACAUCGGACUGGUCGGUUGUUCGAGGGUAUGGUAUUUGCCCUCUCCUUUCAAGACAAGGUUAAGCCACAGGAGCGUAAGAAGAUGGAGACAAAGAUCACUCAGUCAGGGGGCACUAUCCUCACAGAAGGAUUUCAAGACAUGUUUGAGCAUUCAUCAAUCAUGAGCACAACUAGCCCAGUCAUGGACGAGGAAGAUGCACUGAAGCUUACGAAGCAAAGCUAUGAGAGUGGGUUCACGGCACUCAUCGCAGAUGCCCACUCACGCAAAGUCAAAUACAUGCAGGCACUGGCCCUAGGGUUGCCAUGUCUCGCUCAGCAAUGGAUUACAGCCUGUUGUAAUAAAGGUGCUAUUGUGGACUGGGAACCAUAUAUCCUUUGUGCAGGUGCGUCUGCUGUGCUUGGUAAUGCGCUGAGGUCAAGAAUUUUGGCGCCAUACUCAGCGGCUGAAGCCAGGCUAGUUGAUGUUAUUGAACAACGACCGCGGCUUUUAGAUGGGCAACGAAUUCUAGUUGUCGUAGACUCCAAAAAGUCACGCAACGAUGCCAAAGAGCCUUAUAUCUUCCUUGCUACUGUCUUGGGGCCGUCUAUUUCCAGAGUCUUUUCCACGCAACAAGCGCGGGAACUGUUACUGGAACAACAAAAAGCUGGAAAUCCGUUUGACUGGUUGUAUCUGGACAAAGGCACAGGGACAAUCGACGCGAUUCUUACACCUUCCGAGGUAUCUGGCGGCAAAAAGCGCCGGAAAUCAGCAGCAGCAACUCAACCCAAAAUUGAGAAUAUCCGUGUCUUGGAUGAUGAGCUUGUGAUCCAGAGUUUGAUUCUCGGACGCAUGGUGGAAGCAGACGAAAUGUAUACGUAA